ACACAACAGCAACAGCCUACUGAGGCAACACUAGUUUUUUAAUUUAGUUACAUUUGGCACGCAAAAUUUGCGUGUUUAUUUUCUGUGUAUUUGCUAGGUAUUCACAAAUAAAACAAAUGUCACAGUUUCAAAAGGAGAUCGUGCAAGCGGUACUCAUAGCCGACAAUAAUGUGUGGAACUUUAAACCGCUCUCCGACGAAGGCUCCACGGCGCUGCUACCGUUGGUCAAUGUAAGCAUGCUGGACUAUGCGUUGAUUGCCUUGAAUCGCAGUGGUGUCGAAGAAGUCUUUGUCUAUGCCAGCCUAUAUCUGCAGGACAUACGGCAGCACAUCAAACAGGGCAUCGCCACAUUUGCAUCGUGGUCAUUUAAAAUGACCGUUCAUGUGAUAGGCGGCGAGGGAUGCCGUUGCUUUGGCGAUGCAAUGCGUGAUCUGGAUGCCAAAGCAUUGAUACGUGGCAAUUUCAUAUUACUGGGCGCCGACACGGUAACCAAUGCCGAUUUGCGUCCCGUGCUGGAGCAGCACAAGCGCACCGCCAAAUUCGAUAAGGGCGCUGCGUCCACAUUGAUCUUCAAGGAGGCGAGCAGCAGUUGCGGUCGUACCGGUAAUGAGCUAUUGAUUGCCAUGGACAAGCAGAGUUCGCGUCUCCACUAUCAUCAGCGUUUGCGGAUGCAUCACAAGGAGGCACGCUAUCAGUUGCCGCUCGACAUCUUCCUCAGCAAUGCGUGUGUAACGCUGCAUCACAAUCUGCUCGAUCCACAGAUUGCCAUCGGUUCACCAUCGAUGCUGUCGCUGUUCAGCGAUAACUUUGAUUUCCAGACACGUGAUGACUUCGUGCGCGGCCUUCUCAUCAAUGAGGAAUUACUCGAUAGUCGCAUCUAUGUGUCGCUAUUGCCGCCAGCACAAUAUGCUCAUAAGGUAAACAAUUGGCUGUCGUAUCAGAUGGUUAGUCGCGACAUCAUCAGUCGCUGGGCAUAUCCACUGGUGCCAGACAUGGGUGUCUAUAAGCUGCAGCAGCAGUACGUCUUCUACAAGGAUAACAUCUAUAAGAGUCACUCGGCCAAUGUGUCCAAGGUGGCGUUACAGGAGAAUGUCGUCGUUCAGGCUGGCAGCCAUGUGGCUUGCGGUACCACAAUUAGUUGCAGUGUCAUCGGUGCCAAUUGCCGUAUUGGCAAAAACUGUCAGCUCAACAAUGUGUUCCUCAUGGCCAACGUAACCAUCGAGGACAACUGCCAGCUGCGACACUGUGUCAUUGGUCCUGAUGCCGUCAUACAUGAGCGUUGUGUCAUUGAGGCUGGCUGUGUGCUGGGCCCCAAAUGUGUGCUGCCGGCCAACACAAAGCUGGCAAACACACUUGUCACCAGCUCACCAAAUACACAGCGUAGCGAAGAGAAUGAAACGGUUGAAUUGGAUGCCAUUGGACCAAAAGCCUUUAUUGUAAGUGAUGUGACAACUGGUGAUCCAGACGAUUCCGAUGACGACGAACAGCUGCUGCCCAGUACCACAACACUAGGCAUACCUAAAAUGUGUGAGAUUCAAGCAGUGGCUAACGAGGCUAGCGAUUACAGCUACUCGAGCGACGAUGACGAUGAGGAAUCUCGCGUAGCGACACCUUUGCCCGAUGAUACCAACAUCUUCCUGUCGGAAGUUAUUGAUUCAUUGACACGCGGCUUUCGAGAGAAAUCGAAACCUGAAUUUCUUAUACUUGAGAUUAAUUCGUCACGCUAUGCCUACAACAUGUCUCUGAAGGAGGUGAAUUUCAAUGUGGUCAAGGCAGUGUUUGGCAUGGAAAGCAUAAUUGAGCCGGCUAACAAUAAUGUGCUGGUUGCCAUCAAUGCUGCAUUCAAGCAGCUGGGACCUGUUGUCUCUAACUAUAUUAAAAGCGAGGAUGCCAUGAUUGAUUGCCUAAAGGCAUUGGAAGACAUUUGUGAGGAGAACGAGUUGGUGCGCGAGAAAAUAUCACAGGUGGUACAUUACCUCUAUGACAAGGACUUUGUCUCUGAAGAUGCCAUUCACGCCUGGUACGAACAGCUGGAUCCCACAGAGCAGCCAACAUUGAGACAAAGUCUCGCCAAGCUGGUUGAGUGGCUGAACCAAUCCAGUGAAGAGGAUGACGAUGAUGACGACGACGAUGAUGAGUAGUCACUUACAUGUUUUGAAAAAUCAUUGAAUAUAUACAAAAAAGGAAAACAA